AUGGCGACCGCGAUCACGGCCCCCUUAAGCGGGCUGCAAUCGCUCCUCCUGAACCCCCUCCUCACAGGCUCGUGCCUCGGGUUCAUCAAGUACGGCCAGCGCGAGCACGUCGAGCGGAUCUUCGAAUUGAUAACCAGAUAUGGCGGUGUCACGCGACGCAGCACCGUCAAGUCCGCGAUCGGCAUCCUCUUCCUCGUCGGCCUCGCCAGAUCGUUCCACAACACCCUCAGCCGCGCCGCCUAUAACAAUUGGUCGCUGCUACCGACGAUGAAGAAUAAGUGGGGGGACUGGAGCAAGGAGAUCGCCGUCGUCACGGGCGGGUGCGGCGGCAUUGGGCGGGAGAUCGUCCUUGGUCUGGUCGCCAGGGGCGUCACGGUGGUCAUCCUCGACGAGCAGGAUCUGCCCCGGGACCUGGCCGAGAACAGAAAGAUCAAGUGGUGGAGGUGUGAUGUGCGCAACCCCGAGGCCGUCAAGGGCGCGGCAGACGAGAUCAGGCUGUCGCUCGGCCACCCGUCGAUCCUCAUCCAGAACGCCGGUGUGGCGGGUUACUGCAGUCUCCUGGACACACGUCCCGAGUUUGUGCGGCACGUCUACGAGAUCAAUGUGCUGUCGCUAUGGAAUACGACCAAGGAGUUCCUCCCCGCUAUGUUGAGGAAUAACAAGGGGCAUAUUGUCACGCGUUCGAGCGGCGCUUCUUACGUGGCGCUGCCGAAUCUCAUCCCUUAUGCAUCUUCCGAAGCCGCAACGACGGCGUUCAUCGAGGGUUUGCGGCAGGAGAUUAAGCACAUAUACAAGUCCCCGGGGGUUCUUGUAACAGAAGUGACGCCUGAUUGGACAAAGAGCAGUACAUCCCAUCAUUACUCUCAUCUGAUCGCACCCACGGUGGAGUCAACGGAUGUGUCGAAAGCUAUUCUAUCGCAGAUAUUUAGUGGAAGAGCAGGACAUGUUACUUGUCCAUCUUGGUUUGGAUCGUUAUCGAUCAUUCGAGUGCUUCCUAUUUGGCUACAGGAGCUUGUGAGAGAUGUGAUGGGCAGGUCGGUUCCGUUGACAGCAAAACGGAUAGAGAAGCCUAGAUAG